AAAAGGAGCAAAAAAGGGAGAAACGGAGUAAUGGAAGGCGGCGAUGGUAACAGAGCCGAGGCGGAUCGGUGGCUAGUUGCAUCGGAGAAGCAUUUAGCCUCAAGUGACUUCCACGGAGCAAAGACAUUUGCGAUCCGCGCAUGCAAAGCCGACCCGUCCCGAACACAUGCAUCUGACUUUAUCCUCGCCAUCUCCGACACUCUCCUCGCCGGAGAAUCCACCGUCGGAGAUUCCAAAUUACCAGAUUGGUACGCCGUACUCCGACUCAUCCGACUAACCCAAAACCACGAACACAUCGCGAUUCAGUACCGUCGACUCGCUCUUCUCCUCAAUCCCACGGUCAAUCGUCUCCCUUUCGCCGUUCAGGCGCUUAAGAUCGUCUCCGAUGCUUGGUCCGUCCUCUCUGACCCUCCCAGGAAAUCAAUUUACGACCGAGAAUUGAAGCUGAUCCAAAUUGGUCAAUUCGGCCAAACCCAAAGCCAGUCGCAGCAGUUUCAGGAUUCGCCAUUGCAGAGCCAAGCUGAGACCUUUAUGGCUACAAACUUUUGGACCUCUUGUCCAUACUGUUUCGCGCUUUUUGAGUAUCCUAAGGGUUACGAGGAGUGUGCAUUGAGGUGUCAGCAUUGUAGAAGAGCGUUUUCAGCGGUUAAGACGCAAACGCUACCACCAGUGGAGAGUAAUGGUGAACGCGUUUACUUUUGUUCAUGGGCUGUGUUCCCAUUAGCGUUUUCAGGUCAUGCUAUAUCCUCUGGCUCUGGUCGGUCCACAAUUUCACCUCUCUAUGUCUGCCCUGAGCAAAGCUUUGAUCAGCAAGCAAAUAUUACGGCUCCUCCAAGAAACUAUUACGAUGAUAAUAACGAUGAUUUAUAUGUUAUAAUAUCUGAUGAUGACUGAUGAUGAUUGGAGAGACCGAGAGAUGAUGCAAAGAGAAAUAAGAAAGCUAGAUGAUAUCGAAGGGAUUGGUUUUCUUGAAUAGCUUGCCAAUACUUUGAUGCCUAUAUAUAUAUAUAUAUAUGAUAAGGUCAAGGCUAGUUAGUUAAAGCAAGGCUCUCAUUUUUUGUCUUUUGUUUUGUAUUUGUGUUUGCCUUGGAGGUUUUAUGUAUUGCUGCUAGUUGAUGUUUAUACCGUAGUAGAAAAUGAUGUAACUCUGUUUCUUUUGUGGAAUCAAUGUAGAUGG